AUGUCUGUCCGCAAUCGUUCCCCACCUGGAUCCUCAGUGCCACGCCUGCCUGUUAUAGAGCAUCCACUGUCCCGCCUAGGAGACCCAGACACCUUGUCUCUCAGAGGGUUUUCCAGAGCAGGGGGAGUGCAGCAUGAGGAAGAAGAAGGACUGUACUCUAGACGGAACCUGCAGACAGCCUCUUCCUCUUACAGUGACAGGAGCCUUACCCCACUGAGACAUCAUGUGCCAUCGGGUGUGCAGGUCACUCUCUCCUCCGACCAAAACAAGACAAGACUACCUAUAUUUGGUCAGAGGGCAGACAUUGCUAGUCGAGCUGAGAGCAGAGUGAGUACAGCCAGCAGCAGGUCCAGUCUUGUUUCCCGGCCUGGAACCCAACUAAGGCUCGAAGUGGAUGAGUUGGAGCAUGUAUUACGUGAGAAAACGAGGUCUGGUGGCUAUUUCAGUCUCCGAAAACUGUUUAAAAACAACGAUCCAGAGGGCAAAGGACAAGUGAGCAGAGAUGUUCUUCUUAUGAUGUUAACAAAAUUCCUUGGAAGAAUGAUAAGCUCCAGACAAUAUCAGCAACUUCUUUUAAGACUGAAGCUUAAUGAAAAGACUAUAAUUAAGUUUGAAGAGCUAUAUGCAGCAAUAAGGGAUCCAGUCCCAUUAGGAAGACCUACAUGGCUUGAUCCCAUUAACAGGAAAGCAGAUGACAAAACUUCAAUGACAGCAUCCCAAGUCCACACACAAUUGAAAAUGAAGUACAAGUUUGCAGAACUUUCUGAGCUGAUAUCAGAGAAGACAACAGAUGGAACUACAAGAAUUUUACCUCCAGAAUUUAGAGCUGUAUUGACACAACUUGGCUUUCACCUGGAUGAUGCAGAGUUCAACAAACUUUUUAAAAGGUAUGAUGUGGAUGGAACUGGUGUAAUUAAAGGAGACUUACUGAUGAAAAGACUUGGGAAUGAAAUCCAAAAUCAGUCUUCUAGAAAUGUAAAUAAGAGAGAAUCUUCAAGAGAAAUGUCGCAAGCAGAGCUGGAAAGGAAGGCCUCACUCAACAUUGAGAGAUGGCUGAAGGAUAAAUUCAGAGAGGGGUUCCGAAGCAUGAAAGGAGAAUUUGAGAAGUGUGACCCUCACCAAAUUGGCAAGGUUGAGAAGGAGGAUUUUAUCACCGUGUUGGAGAAGUUCGAUUUAAAACUUAAAGAGGAGCACUUCAACCUUUUCCUGGCAAGAUGUGGCCUAGAUAACUCCCUGACAGGGAUCAGCUACAUGGACUUUCUUAAGAAUUUCCAAGACCGCAGUGAAAAAGGGAUCACGCACAAAAUACUCUCCAACCCAAAACACAGGUUUCAUCGUGAAGGAGCCAUUAGCCCUGUGUCUACUCUAACAGCAGUGGAAGCCAGGCUGGCAAACCUCUUCCAGUCAGACUUCUUGGCACUACUUGCGACAUUUGAAAAAAUUGAUAAAUACAACAGAAAUGUGAUCAGCCAGCAGGAAUUUCGAGCUGCAAUAGAAAGCAGGCUCACUGUUAGUUACAAGCUUCUCUGA